AUGUCGACUAUCUCUGCACUCGCUCAGCGUUCGGCCUCUUCCCCCCAGACCAAUAACCCGGACCCCUCUUCAUCCACCUCGAGCGCAUCCUUGAUCCGCACGCACGGGAUCCACGUCGUCAUCCCCCAAACGCAAUCUACGGCGCGCGUCGCCACACCCACCACUACGCCCAUCCACGGGAAUCCCUUGAGCUCAGCCGCGUCGUCGCCUGGCGGGUUCUUCAGCAUCCUCGAGACGCCCACUCAUGGUCAUGGGGAUUUCGUGGUCCCUUCCUCAUCCUCGUACCGCCGUGACUCCCCGACGACACCGACGCAGCCGCGCAUGUCCGCGCGCACGAGGCGGAGGAGUAGCUUGUUCUCCGCAUCGAGCAUGAACGACGAGGAUGCGGACGCUAGCGCUUCGGCGACAGGUCCUGGUGCAGGGGGCUUGACGAUGUCGCCCAUGGAUGAGGAGGGCGAGGAGCACGAGCACAAUGGGCUCCACGGCGAUGAAGACGGACUUGAAGACCAGCACGAGGACGAGCGCGCUGUGGGCGCGGAGGGCUCUAGCGAGGGGUCUUUGGUGGACGAGGCACACACGAACGCGCCUCUGCUCGGUGCCGCAUGA